GCCUCAGACUGCAGGUCGCACACACUCUCACUCACACACACACUCACACACACACACACACAUAGAGCAGCAGUGUAAUCCGCUUUAAACAUGAAAAUACUUAUUGUAACUGUUGCAUUGUUGCACUGCGUGUGUGCAACACCCCUGCUUACGGAAGAAGAUGAAUAUGUCUUCAAAACAUGGAUGUCUGAGCACAAUAAACAGUAUGGCCUGGAAGAGUAUUACCAGAGGCUGCAGAUCUUCACUGAGAAUAAGAAGAAAAUCGACACCCACAAUGCUGGAAAUCACAAAUUCAGAAUGGGACUAAACCAGUUCUCGGAUAUGACCUUUGCUGAAUUCAAGAAAUUCUACCUUCUGAAAGAACCUCAGGAAUGUAAUGCUACCAAAGGGAAUCACGUUAGAGGUGUCGGCUUGUACCCAGACUCCAUUGACUGGAGGAAGAAAGGAAACUACGUCACUGAAGUUAAAAAUCAGGGUGCUUGUGGCAGCUGCUGGACUUUCUCAACCACAGGCUGCCUGGAGUCUGUCACGGCCAUCGCCACAGGGAAACUCCCUUUACUGGCAGAGCAGCAGUUGGUGGAUUGCGCUGGCGCGUUCAACAAUCAUGGCUGCAACGGUGGACUUCCCAGUCAAGCCUUUGAGUACAUCAUGUACAACAAAGGGCUCAUGACAGAGGACGACUAUCCGUACGUUGGUCGAGACGGUCCAUGUAAGUUCGAUCCUAAGCUUGCUGCUGCCUUCGUGAAGGAUGUGGUGAACAUCACAAAAUAUGACGAGAUGGGGAUAGUGGACGCCGUGGCCAGGCUCAACCCCGUCAGCAUCGCUUUCGAGGUGCUGCCCGAAUUCAUGCACUACAAAGACGGCGUGUACACCAGCAAUGAGUGUCACAACACUACCGAAACGGUGAAUCAUGCCGUGCUUGCUGUGGGUUAUGCUGAGGAGAACGGCACUCCCUACUGGAUAGUAAAGAACUCUUGGGGACCGCAGUGGGGCAUUGACGGAUAUUUCUACAUCGAAAGAGGACAGAACAUGUGCGGUCUUGCUGCUUGCGCAUCAUAUCCAUUAGUGUGAAACAUUCAGCCGCGUUCAAACCGAAAAGGGAAAAUCAUCGAGAGUCCAGCUUGACGCUGUCUUCGUUUUUUUUUGUGUGUGUCAAUCAGAAAUAACACAAUUAUUCUGCGUUAAAAAAAAUCAUCAUUUUACCAAUUGUUCAGUUUAUCUGACAUUUAUUGAACAAAUGAUUGUCUUUUCAUUUAAAUGCUUCAUCAUUUUAUCAAAGCUUUUGACUGUUUUAUAUCUUUAUGCAUUGGUCACAGUUCUGCCACCUGAUUUGAAUAAUAAUUAAAAAAAACCUGAAUAAAAAAAAUAAAACCCU